AUGAUCACAUCUUGGGUCGUUCCUACGUUUAUCUUGGUUGUUGCGCAGGCUUCCCUUCACACUGCACAAGGGCAAGUUGGUUUGAGGCACCCAAUCCUUCAACGACGCGUUCUUUUGGCGUCGGAUCAAGGCUUCAAAGAAAUCUCGAAUGGCUUACUCGGAGCAAAUACUCUUACAUCACAUGAAGUUGGAACCGGGGAUGCAGUUUCGACUUUGAUGGCCUCCUCACCCACAAGGACUCUUCACUCUUCACGACUGGAUUCCAACACGCGCCAACCAGCAGCUCAGGUCAUCAGCAAGCCCAUCAGCGACGAGUCAAUAGCUACCUCGGAACAACUGACCAAGUCCAUGGGCCCACCUGAAGCGAUCUCACAAGACACUCAGAACUCACAGGUCCGACACAGGCAGCCUUUCUACCACGAUGACAUAGAUAUCAUCCAGUCUGAUGCACCUUCCGGGCGAGGAUCUGCAUCGCCGUCCCGAGACGCUGUGAUUCAAGAGAUUCCUUCGAAAAACACGAAGCUCGAUCAAGAUAUCAACCCUUGCAUAUCUUCUACCUCGUCAGGAUGUCUUCAUCAACUCGGCUCUCAUGAAAUUGAUGACCCGGAAACUCCUGAACACUCGCUCAUACAACACAAGGACGAGAAGAAACAAGAUUGGAAAACAUUAGAAGCUGAUAGGCUUGAUAAGUCACAUACACCACCAGUAGGAUUAUCAUGGACAAGACGUGUCCGAGAAUCAUAUACAUCAUCGGUUGAAAUCCUACGAGCCGCUUGGCAUUCAGACUCUCAACACGAAUAUAUGAUUGGAAAGCCUAUCUUAAGAGGUGGAAAAAAGAUUGUUUGGGUAAUGGGAAGAUCGGCUCGUGGAGUAGUAGUUCUUGGGGAAAAGGGAGUGACUCUAGUGUAUAAAGGUGCUAAAGCAACUGCGAUUGUCGCGCGGGCAAGUGUGAUUCUCACUGCUGUUGGGGCUUAUAAAGUGACCUUGUUCACCUUGACUUUGGCACGCGAUCUGGUGAUCAUCACAUCUAUAACAACUGUCCUGGUAGCCGGUUCUCUUCUUUAUGCGGUUUGGCUCACCGUAAGCGGGACUGUUUCAUUGAUUUGGCUUGGAGGAAAAGCUGCGGUUGAGAGUUCGGCGGCUUUGUUUUCAAAGAAUGGACACUUUCGUGGGAUCCAAGACGUCGUAGCACAUAAAAAAAUUGUUUGA